CCCGAAUCUCGAAAGUUCCACUUCUUUGUAGGCUGUAUACACCAGCGGAUUUCUAGAGCCAUCUCCUCUGUCUUGUUUUCUUUUUGAACGCCGCUAAACCUGUCUAAUCUCCAGACUCGCUAUCCAAAAACUCUGCAAUCAAGAAUUCUCUUCGAAUUUUACAAUCGAACGCGAGAAGCUUCUGAGCAGAAGAACACUGAGAUUCUUAGCUGAGGUAUAAUAGGACGCGGGAGCAAGGAGAGAUGGGUGUGGAUUACUACAAGUUGUUGCAGGUGGACAAAAAUGCCAACGACGACGACUUGAAGAAAGCUUACAGGAAGCUGGCCAUGAAAUGGCAUCCUGAUAAGAACCCCAACAACAAGAAAGAAGCGGAGGCGAUGUUUAAACAGAUUUCCGAAGCUUACGAGGUUUUAAGUGAUCCACAAAAACGGGCAGUUUACGAUCAGUAUGGUGAAGAAGGCCUUAAAGGCCAAGUGCCGCCCCCUGAUGCCGGUGGGCCCGGUGGUGCAACAUUCUUCCAAACAAGUGAUGGGCCGAAUGUAUUCAGAUUCAACCCUCGAAAUGCAAACGACAUUUUUGCCGAGUUCUUUGGCUUUUCGAGCCCGUUUGGAGGGAUGGGCAGUGGUGGUGGAAUGAGGGGAGGUUCGAGGUUUUCUGGUGGAUCAAUGUUCGGUGGUGAUGACAUAUUUAGCUCUUUUGGAGAGACGAGGACUAUGAGCCCGGGUCCUAGAAAGGCUCCACCAAUCGAGCAGAAGUUGCCUUGCAGCUUGGAGGAGCUGUACAAGGGAGCUACAAAGAGGAUGAAAAUUUCGAGAGAGAUAUAUGAUGCUAGUGGUUUUUUGGUUACAAAGAGGAAGAAAAUGACUAGAGAGAUGUCUGAUGCCAGUGGGAAGACCUUACCAGUUCAAGAAAUCCUAACCAUCGACAUAAAACCCGGCUGGAAAAAGGGGACGAAAAUCACAUUCCCCGAGAAAGGAAACGAGCAGCCGAACAUAAUCCCAUCCGACUUAGUGUUCAUUAUCGACGAGAAGCCACACAGUGUGUUCACGAGGGACGGAAAUGACCUUGUCGUUACACAGAAAAUAUCACUUGCCGAGGCUCUAACGGGCUACAUUGUCCACCUCAAGACCCUCGAUGAUAGAAACUUGACCAUACCUAUAAACACUGUGAUUAAUCCAAACUAUGAAGAGAUUGUGCGUGGAGAAGGUAUGCCUAUUCCUAAAGAACCCACUAAAAGGGGUAACUUGAGGAUCAAGUUUAAUAUUAAGUUUCCGACUAGGCUUACGGCCGAACAGAAGUCUGGGAUUAAAAAGUUGCUUUCUCCAUGAGUUUGAGAAAAUUAUUUCUGUAGUUUGUUGGAUAGCUGGUUUGUUGGUUUCUAUUUUGUUGUGUUGGUUUUCUGGUUUGAUCAUGGACCUUGAAUUGUUUGUAGCUAUAUAGUUAUAGAAAAUAAAGAUGGAGUUGGAUUUCAGAGUUGCUUGUAAUCAGAAAGCACAAUGGACAUUGUAUAUCUUAAGAUUUUGGAGCCUCUAUAUCAUUACACAUCCUAUAUUUUAGGUCAUGAUCUUUCUUUACCCUUCCAAUAAUAAUAGUGGAAAACUAUAACAAUUGUCAAUUUGAUAGUGACACGGUAAU